GGAAGCAGUGUGGAUACAAAUUUCUAUAUAGACUCUUUUUGAGGAAAUUCUUCCAGAUUCUUGUGUUAGAAGUCACUGCUGGAAGGAUAAAAUUUUUCAUCAUAUAUUCUUGAGUUUCCAGUCAAUGAACAUUUUGGAGUUGGCUAGUGAUGGAUGAUGCCCUUGCUUGCUUUGCAUAGAUGAAGCAGAAUAAUAGUAGCAUGUCUAAUGAUCACUCAGCUUCUGUGGGAAACAAAAUGAGGAAAACAGAAAAUAAAAAAUUCCACUGUAAUAGAGAUAUAAUGCCUGGAAGUGAACUUUGGACAGAUGGACUCCUUUGUGCUUUUGAAUUUGUUCGUAGCCGUAGGAAGACAAGUCGAAGAAAAUCUGGUCCAAAGAUCCAGUCCACACAACAAAUAGAAGGCGAGGAUUUGAAGAAGCAUGUACUGAGAAACAGAUCGACUGAUGAUUCAACCCCAAUGAUGGACAGGAGCAACUUGUUAGAGUCUGCACCCUUAGUUGAGUUCGGAGCCAGUGAAACUUUUCCUUUGGAUGACUACAAAGAUACUGAGAACUAUCAUUCAGGUCGUUUUCAUUUCAUGGAAAGAUAUCCAGAAAGUCGGUGGAUUCCAAUAGGUUGGUCUAGAAUUUAUGAGCUUGUCCAAACAGUGCAAGCUGAUGCAACCUGGGCCUUGCAGCCAAUUGAGUUCACAGAUGAUGAAGAUGACCUCACUGUUGCAGAUGUAGCAGCUCCUUACUGGGAACAACCUGCAGGGCCUACAUGGUGGUGUCAUGUUGCUGCAGGUCACAAAUUCGUUGACACUUGGCUGAGUAAUGCUCAAUGGUUACAUCCUGCCAUAAGUACUGCUUUGAGAGAUGAAAGCCAGCUGAUUAGUGAGCGCAUGAAGCACCUUUUUUACGAGGUACCUGUCAGGGUUGCAGGAGGCCUAUUAUUUGAGCUAUUGGGUCAAUCAGCUGGUGAUCCUACUGUCAAUGAGGAUGACAUCCCGGUUGUACUUAGAUCUUGGCAAGCACAAAAUUUUCUGAUAACUGCAUUGCACAUAAAAGGAUCUGCAUCAAAUAUAAAUGUGUUGGGAAUCACUGAAGUUCAGGAACUUCUUGCUGCUGGUGGUAUAAAGGCGCCAAAAACUAUUCAUGAAGUCAUAGCACAUCUGGCUUGCCACCUCUCUCGAUGGGAUGAUAGAUUAUUUCGCAAGUCCAUAUUUGGGGAGGCAGAUGAAGUUGAGCUGAAAUUUAUGAACAGACUAAUUUUCACUUAUGAUAGGAGAAACCAGGAGGACAUGAAUCUUUUCAGUAUAAUUCUAAACCAAGAAAUCAGACGGUUAUCAAGACAGGUUAUUCGAGUUAAAUGGUCGCUGCAUGCAAGGGAGGAGAUUGUAUUUGAGCUUCUCCAACAGUUGAGGGGGACUGCAGCUAGGAACUUGUUAGAGGAUAUAAGACGGAGUACAAGGGAAAUGAUUGGGGAGCAAGAAGCAGUACGUGGCCGUUUAUUUACGAUUCAAGAUGUGAUGCAGAGCACUGUUCGUGCUUGGUUGCAGGACAGAAGCCUCCGAGUUACACAUAAUUUGGGCGUUUUUGGUGGGUGUGGCCUUGUUCUUUCUAUCAUCACAGGGCUCUUCGGGAUCAAUGUAGAUGGGAUCCCUGGAUCUGAUAAUACACCCUACGCAUUUGGUCUGUUUGCGGCUUUACUCGUCCUGCUAGGAAUGGUGCUAAUUGGAGUUGGGUUGCUCAACCUUGGGUUGAAAGAGCCUGUUACUGAAGAACAGGUUGAAGUGAAAAAGUUGGAGCUACAAGAGCUGGUUAAGAUGUUUCAGCAUGAGGCAGAGACUCAUGCACGGGUCCGCGAAGAUUAUUCCAGAAGGAACUUGCCCCCAACUGCUGGAGAUAUUACCCGAGAUGGUACAGAGUAUGUUCUUAUUGGCUAGAAACAGUGUUGAACAUCCUAAAAGCUAACCAUUUUGGUUCCAUGACUAAUAUGGCUGCCAAUAUGAUGGAAAUCCUGUUCUUGAGCACAUUGUAACAGCAAUUUGACAAAUUUUCCAUGGGUUAACAAUUUCCAGAAAUAUAAGCUACAACUUCUUCU